AUGUUCGAUACUCAGUUUCCUCUAGCGUCAGAAAUCGAUCCUAAGUCAGCGUCAAAUGAUAAUUGGCCAAAUUCAUUUGAUCGAUUUGUGAGACAGCACGAACAACAACAACAACAGUCACCAUUUCAUCUCAAUAAUCAACAACGAAUGGACGAUUUAUCGUUUAAUUCUCAUAUACAGGAUGUUUGGGAACAACCAAGAAAGAUGCAAAAUAAUGAUUUUAAUAUGUUUAACGAUUUUUUAGACAAUUAUCAUUAUCAACAGCAACAACAACAACAUCAUCCACCACCACCAGUUGACAUUGCUACAUUUCUUUCAUCUUCACCGUCGACAUCAAAAGAUCCAUUUUUAUCGCAACAACCCAAUAGAUCGUCAACACCUCAUCAUUCAUCUAGCGCAUUUUUGCCUGUUCCUACAGUUCCUAAUCGAAAAAAUCGUACAACACCUGAUAAUAAUUAUGAUUUCGGUUUACCUCCACCCUCUCCACCCACAUCAUCCUAUUUUAAGUCAACACGAUCUCCACCAACUCUGGGAACAGGACGACGACCAUUACCAUCUCCUCUACCUAGACUUCCACAUCGUAGUCCAUCGGGUGUACUUGUCUCAUCUCAUCAAAAACAACGGAGUCCACCAGUAUUGCAAGUACCGAAUGAUGAAGCAGCUUAUUUUCAACAAUAUCAAUAUCCUUUUACACCACAAAAACAAAAACAUAAUCACUCAUCGUUAUAUGUUCCUUGUAUUAAUCAUGGUUCAAAUUAUAACGGUGUACUUGGACCUCCUAUUCUUUUACCACCCUCAUUUUAA